AUGACAAGUCUGCUGAAGAAAAAGUUCGGCGCCAAGUAUGGGACGAUGUCUAAAGAACGGCCCAAGGACGAUUGCAACGCGAUCGGGCGUUUGAUCAAAGACUUUUGCAGCUGCACAGAGAACGCCACGUGGUCGCCAGACAUGACCGCCGAUCGGAAGGGGCCGUUUUUAAAAAGCGAACUGACCAACAUGUCCGCUAUGCGCAGGAGAAUUAUGACGCUGGCGAAGAGGAGACACAAGAAGCCCGAGCCGCCGAAAUUGGGCCGCGAGACGGAGGCGCUGACCGCGAGCCUGGUCAACGUCACGAGCUCCGAAGAGAGCACGUUAAAGAAGAACAUCGACAGCUUCCUAAUAGCGCGUCGCAUGACCGCUUUUGACGAGGACAUAUACGAAAAGCCGAUCCAUUGCUCGGUGAAGAACUCGACUUGCGGUGAAAACUGGUCUUUAAGUAAAGCCUGGAGGAACAACAACAUUGACCUCUUCAAUCGUUCCACCUUGGGCUCUAUGUACCUGGAGCGGAUAGACGAAAUGCCCAGUGGGAAGGGGGACAAGAAGCUCAAGGAGCAAGUGAGGUACGACAGGAAUAUAAAGCGACAUAUUAGGAUACGUGUGAUGCUGUCGUUACGGAUGAGGCGGUACGUCAAGAAGCGACUAAGGAGGCAAAAGUUGCCGGCCAACGCUGCGGUGCCACCGAGGAGAUUUCCCAGAGGGGCGUCAGUCACUUCCAGUUUCGGGACGAGGUCCUACAGAAGCGUGAUGACGGAUAAGACCGGUGACGGAGCAGUCGUGUUCGACGUCCACGAGGCGCGGAACUCGACGUUGGAGUUGUGCCACGACUAUGAAGAAGACUUAGACACCCUGGACAUCGCUUUGCGCGCCGGAAAUUUCAGGAGCGGUCGUCUAGCGGUGGAGGGGUGGUGGUGCGGACGCAUGAUGCCGUCUGGUGGGCGGACGAAUAACGGCGCCCAGGCACUGCACUAUGCAGCUGCCAGGGGCUGCCUGGACUGCGUGAGGCUACUAGCUAAUACCACGCCUGAUGUCUCUGCUAACACGGCGAUGGAUAAUGACGUCACGCCUGUAUACCUGGCGGCCCAAGAAGGCCACCUCGCUGUGCUGAAGUACUUGGUGCUGGAGGCGGGCGGGCGGCUGGAUGCCAGGGCCCGCGAUGGGAUGCUGCCCAUACACGCGGCUGCGCAAACCGGUUGCCUGGACUGCGUGAAAUGGAUGAUCGUCGAACGUGGCGUGGACCCUAACGCGAGGGACGGAGACGGAGCUACCCCGCUCCAUUUCGCUGCGUCCAGAGGCCACCUGUCUACCGUGCGCUGGUUGCUUCGCCAUGGCGCCAGGCUUCACUUGGACAGGCACGGCAAAAGCCCCAUCAACGAUGCAGCCGAAAACCACCAUCUAGAGUGUCUGAACGUGCUUGUAGCAGCCGGCGCGGCGGGAGAUAACAAAAAUCUGUCAUCCUACAAAGCUAUACACUCCUGCGCCUGUGCCCCCGGUGAAGGAAGAUGCGCAUUGGCCAACUGCGUGAACGACGUGGGCAGCCGCUCGCCAUUCUACCUGCACGCCCCGGAGCGCGAGCUACGCGGCCCCCUGCAGGAGCGCCGAGGGUCGCUCCCCUCCACGGGCUCCAACUCCUCGGGCCGCUCGGGGCCUGCGGACGGCCUCUACGUGAACCCCAUGCAGAGGAACUCCACCAGCGCGGUUCACCACAGCUCCGGUGAGGAGAGCACGGCGUGCUCUGCGUCCGAAGUGGAAGUUCAUUCGGGCGGGUGGUUCCUGCACGGGGGCAACGGCGGCGGGGCGCCAGCGGCCCUGUACCAGCGCGUGCGCGACCUGUUCCACGCGCGCUCCCCCGGGCCCAGGGUGCCGGCGGAGGGCCAGGAGGCGCCGACCAUGACCGUGAAAGCGGAGGUGCACGGCUCCUGCGAGGCGGCAACCACAGCCGAGCAGUCUGACAGCGACAGCGGCGCGGACGCGGCCCGCCGCGACCACCACUACGAGGACAUCUACGUGCCAAGGGACGAGCCGAGGAAGAGGAGCAAUUCCCGCGACUCCGGCAGCCACAGCAGACCUGGCAGCGCCGCGCUUGUCGUCGACUACGCAUCCAAAGAGAGCAACGACAGCUCCAAUAAAGCAUACGAAGAGGUCUGCCCGCCACUUGACAUCCAGACGAAAUCAACUAUUGCCACCAAACUAGCGGCACUCACACACAAGGCUCAGAAUUUCGCCAGCCGCAUCUCCUCAGCGGCCGGCAGCCGCCGCGCCUCCGUCACCGACGAGGCUGUAGUGGUGCAGGCGUCCGCGUCCUCUGGCGUCUCUUCGGGCGGCAGCUCGGGGGACGAGGCCCCGCCGCCCCCGCCUCCACCGCCGGCUCCCCCCGCGCCGCCCCCGCCCGUGGUACUAGAGGAGCCCGCCCUCAGACCCUCGGAGCUACGCGGCAGAGGAGGUGGUGAGUGUACUAAUAUUGAAUUAGACCCACCCCCUCCACCUCCCCCCACCCUCCACGAUUUCCCUUGCGUUGGUGCUGGAGUAACCCGCCCUCAGAGCUACGCGGCAGAG